GUUAUACCACUCCAACUGCCCCCCAGGCGUACAGCCAGCCUGUCCAAGGAUAUGGCACUGGGGCUUAUGACACCACCACUGCUACCGUCACCACAACGCAGGCCUCUUAUGCAGCUCAGUCUGCAUACGGCACCCAGCCUGCCUACCCAGCCUAUGGCCAGCAGCCAGCAGCCACUGCACCCACAAGGUAAGGCCACAGUUGUUGGUUCCUCUGCUGCUCAGCUUUGGUGAUUUAAAUUGCUCUUCACGUUCACUAGGUAUUGACUGUUACCCCAGUGUUUCCAGAGUGCCUGAGCACAGCACACAGGUAUUCUGUUGAGGGCUAGAAAUGGAAAGUGUCAUCUGCCAGGUUUCAGAACUACUUUUGGGGGAAGGAGGUAGCUGUUUUUCUUUCCUAAACACAAGGAAACUUGAGUACAUGUUUCCCAUAUUGUUUAACUAGCAAUAGAACUUAAUCUUUGGCUCAGUGACGCUGUAAAUUGUUAACUGCUUUCCUUUAGGAAAUAUGUGGUAGUUGUAGUACAUGGUGGAACGGUUAGACUUGAGUCAAGAAGUACUGUAUGUCCCAAUUUUGUCAGUAAAGGAUAUUUCCAUAUCUGGGAAGGUUCAGUUGAAGAAUUUGACAAGAUUUCCUCAAUAUAUGUAGUGAUUAGUGGUUUGAUAACCAAAAGUCAUAGACAAAUAAAUUUAUAGCUGGUUAGCCAGUUAUGUGCUAAAUAUUAAGAGUCCAAUAAAGUACUCUGACUGCUCAGUAGAUAAGUGAGAUAUAUUACUUAACAGAAGGUUUCAGGUCUUUACUUUAGACAAUGCAUGUAGGUGGCUUCUGCAUACAGUCUUGAAGGAGCACAAGAUUCUGAUUUGAAAGAAGACUAUAGGGAAUAAACAAGAGAUCACCUUGUAACCUAGACUUUUUAUCUGCUAUAGAGGUAAGAAAUUAGCUCUGGCAAACACUCUCAAAAUUACUUCUAAAGUGCAGUGAGUAGUCAGAGCCACUUGUAGCUAAUAUCCAAAAAACCCCGUAUAGUACUUUUAUUUAACUGGCUGAUUCCUAAAGGCCCCACUCUAGUUGGGUUAAAUAUUGGAGAAUUUUGUUAGAUAUACAAAGUCCCAUGUGAUGCUCUUCUGCAGUAGUGUGUAUCUAGGCCACAGAUCUCCAUCGUGUAUAAAUUGGUUUUGAUAAGUCACUGAUUUGUGUCACCCUUUCCUCCAUCCUAGUUUUCUGAGCUGACACCUGCUUGUAACCCAUUUCAUCUCAGUGAGGAAACAGUACUUCUGCAUCUGCUGUAGUCCACCUGCUGAUCGGGGCUUUGCUUUAAGUAGCCCCCUAGCUUAGCUCUGCCACUGCCUUCCACUAAAUUGUUUGUGCCACAAGGAAGUGGGACUUCUGAGUUAUUUCUGUGUUGUUGAGAAUUAUUUUUAUUAUUUAAUGAUGGUAUUUGCUAGUUAGUCUGAGCAUGGGGUGGACUCAUCCCCAUGCCCAUUUUGUGGAGAUUGUCGUAUAGCAAGGUUAAGUUCAUUUACAUCAGACCAAGAUAAGAAGUGUCUCUUCUUGUUUGUUUCUAGUCAGUGAACCCACAGAUAUCAAAAUCUAUAAAUUAGUGACCUUAAAAUAACUCUAAACUUGAAUUUGCACUAAGUCCACUCUUUUUUUCUUUUUUCUUUUCUUUUUUUCGGAGCUGAGGACUGAACCCAGGGCCUUGAGCUUACUAGGCAAGCGCUCUACCACUGAGUUAAAUCCCCAACCCUGUUAAGUUCACUUUUUUAAAAAAGUGUUUUCUUCCUCCCCCUCCCAGUACUUGUUCAUAUUGGCGACACAGGCUUAUGAAGUCUCUUAGUAGCUGUUAAUACAGAACAAAUUUUAAAAACAAAAACAUUGUUAACUCUCUUAGUGUUUUCUUCCAGCAAAUACUAAUGAAUGAUACUGGGUUUCAUUUACUUUAUUUUCAAGCUUGGUCUUAUCAUUUCCUAUUGCUCAAAGAACUGGGGGGUUCUUACCUAGGGGGUGUCUGGGUUGUUAAAAUUAAACCUUAACUGUUUUAUUUUUCCUUUUAGACCACAGGAUGGUAACAAGCCUGCUGAGACUAGUCAACCUCAAUCUAGCACAGGGGGUUAUAAUCAACCCAGCCUAGGAUAUGGACAGAGUAACUACAGUUAUCCCCAGGUUCCUGGGAGCUACCCGAUGCAGCCAGUCACCGCACCUCCAUCUUAUCCUCCUACCAGCUACUCCUCUUCACAGCCAACUAGUUACGAUCAGAGCAGUUACUCUCAGCAGAACACCUACGGGCAGCCGAGCAGCUAUGGACAGCAGAGUAGCUAUGGUCAACAAAGCAGCUAUGGGCAGCAGCCUCCCACUAGUUACCCCCCUCAGACUGGAUCCUACAGCCAGGCUCCAAGUCAAUAUAGCCAACAGAGCAGCAGCUACGGGCAGCAGAGUUCAUUCCGACAGGACCACCCCAGUAGCAUGGGUGUUUAUGGGCAGGAGUCUGGAGGAUUUUCCGGACCAGGAGAGAACCGGAGCUUGAGUGGCCCUGAUAACCGGGGCAGGGGAAGAGGGGGAUUUGAUCGUGGAGGCAUGAGCAGAGGUGGGCGGGGAGGAGGACGCGGUGGAAUGGGCAGCGCUGGAGAGCGAGGUGGCUUCAAUAAGCCUGGUGGACCCAUGGAUGAAGGACCAGAUCUCGAUCUAGGCCUUCCUAUAGAUCCCGAUGAAGACUCUGACAACAGUGCAGUUUAUGUGCAAGGAUUAAAUGACAGUGUGACUCUGGAUGAUCUGGCAGACUUCUUUAAGCAGUGUGGGGUUGUCAAGAUGAACAAGAGAACUGGACAACCCAUGAUCCAUAUCUACCUGGAUAAGGAGACAGGAAAGCCUAAAGGUGAUGCCACAGUGUCCUAUGAAGAUCCACCAACUGCCAAGGCUGCCGUGGAAUGGUUUGAUGGGAAAGACUUUCAAGGAAGCAAACUUAAAGUUUCUCUUGCCCGAAAGAAGCCUCCACUGAACAGCAUGCGGGGUGGCAUGCCACCUCGUGAGGGCAGAGGGAUGCCACCGCCGCUUCGUGGAGGUCCUGGUGGCCCAGGAGGUCCUGGGGGACCCAUGGGUCGCAUGGGAGGCCGUGGAGGAGACAGAGGAGGCUUCCCUCCAAGAGGGCCCCGAGGCUCCAGAGGGAACCCCUCUGGAGGAGGAAAUGUCCAGCACCGAGCUGGAGACUGGCAGUGUCCCAAUCCGGGCUGUGGAAAUCAGAACUUCGCCUGGAGAACAGAAUGCAACCAGUGUAAGGCCCCUAAGCCCGAGGGCUUCCUCCCGCCACCCUUUCCACCUCCGGGUGGUGAUCGUGGCCGAGGCGGCCCUGGUGGCAUGCGAGGAGGAAGAGGUGGACUCAUGGACCGUGGUGGUCCUGGAGGAAUGUUCAGAGGUGGCAGAGGUGGAGACCGAGGGGGCUUCCGAGGUGGCCGUGGCAUGGACCGAGGUGGCUUUGGUGGAGGAAGACGAGGUGGUCCUGGGGGGCCUCCUGGACCUUUAAUGGAACAGAUGGGAGGAAGAAGAGGCGGACGUGGAGGACCUGGGAAAAUGGAUAAAGGCGAGCACCGUCAGGAACGCAGAGACCGGCCCUACUAGAGACCUGCAGAGCUGCAUUGACGACCAGAUUUAUUUUUUAAACCAGAAAAUGUUUUAAAUUUAUAAUUCCAUAUUUAUAAUGUUGGCGACAACAUUAUGAUUAUUCCUUGUCUGUACUUUAGUAUUUUCACCAUUUGUGAAGAAACAUUAAAACAAGUUAAAUAGUAGUGUGCUGAGUUUUUUUUUUGUUUUGUUUUGUUUUUUUUUUUUUUUUUCCUUUUUAAGAUGGUUGUUUUAAGACUUAACAAUGGGAACCCCUUGUGAGCAUGCUCAGUAUCAUUGUGGAGAACCAAGAGGGCCUCUAAUUGUAACAAUGUUCAUGGUUGUGAUUUUUUUUUUUAAAUAAAAUUCCAAAUGUUUAUAAACUGUCA